GGUCGCUGAUACGGUGCUCGAUGCUACUCCGGUGGUGAUUUUCACGGUGGAUAAAGUCCUCCUCCCCGCUGAACUUUUCGGGAAAGCUGCUUCUCCGGCGCCGUCGCCGUCGCCGGCGGAAAGUCCGUCGCCGACUGCAGCGUCGCCGCCGGCACCUCCGAGUGAUGAGUCACCGGGGAGCUCUCCGUCGGACUCGCCGGUUGGUUCGGCGGACAGCAAGUCGGCUAAAUCGGGGGUUGCCGUGAGCUCGCCGUCGUUGUUCACCGCAUUGGUCGCGCUCGUCGCCGUAGCCGUUUCGAUUGGAACAAGACAAAUAUACAAUGUGCCAACAAUUCAAAAUUUGAAAUAG